AUGAGGCUGAGUUUCGGUUCCCUGCCAUUAUCGGUUGAUAAGCAACCAACAACAAGUAUUGCACUUGCCACAACCACUUCUUAUCCUUUAACGCCAUCAGUUUCCUCUCCGUUUUCACCAACUCUUCCUUCACCACCAGCAACUGCUGCAUCAUCUCCACCAACCGCAAUUGCUCGAGAGGAGGAUGCCCCUCUUCCCCAGUCCCCCGUGUAUGGGAACCUGGGCCUUGGCUUCAGAGAAAGAUUGGAGAAAAAUACAUACUCUCCGAGGAAUGAGAUUAUUUUUGAGGCCAACUUCCUUGCUUCGGAGGGCCUUCAAAGGCUAAUCCGUGAUAAAGAGGAACUUACCUUCGAGCGAGAUCAACUUUUAGCCGAGCUGGACCAAACUGGUGCUCGCCUCUCAGAAUUGGAAGCUCCAGUUGCUAAGGCCGUUGAGUUGGAGGCUCGGUUGCAGCAAAGCGAGCAAGAAAAUAAUUUGGAGGUGGCCUUAAACUCCAAUGCUAAAGAGCUUGUUGUUGCCGAAGAGAAGUAUGUCCGGUUGGAGGAGAAAUAUAAGAAAAUCAUAGAGCAUAAUAGAAUCUACAGCUCCAAUGUCUGUGACUUUGAUGUCAGCCUCCGAUCCAUGAGAUCUGCGCGAGAUAACCAUUCUGCUGAGGUUAGCCAGCUUAAAGAAAAACUUCAGCGCCAAGCGGCCUCCCUCAUGAGGAGAAAAACCUUGAAAAAGGACAAAGAGGGUGUCACUGACUUUGAUGUCGAAAUCGCUAAGGCCCGUGAGCUAGCGUUAGCUGCGAAAAGGGGUCUUCCGGCUCGGCCUGAUGCUACUGAUUCUUCUGGUUCUGGUUCUGAGUUCUUAGAAACUGAAGAAGAACCUGAAGGUGAAGAUGUUGAAGGCCAAAAUAUUGAACCGGCGGCGUAUCCACCUACUUUUCCUGGGGGCGUAGAUGUUUUUCUUCCUCCGGCUUCCGGAGAUGCAGCAACUUAG